UCCUUCGCUGGCGGACGGAGCUCAAGUCGUUCUUUAGCUUUUUCAAUUCAACUUGGGAAAUCCUCGUACCUGACAACCCAUUGUCUAAUUUCAUUCAAAUUUGGUGGAAAAAUAAUUAUUAGAAGUUGCACCUGUCGAGUCUGCUUCAAAAUACAGAGGUCCGCAGAAAGGAUACUUUGAGAGGGUCGUUUAAAUGAGAUUGGAGAUGCUCCUGUCUUUGCUGCUGUGUGCCAUCUGUCCGCUCGUCCUACCGUCCUCCUCUACCCCCAGCCAAGCCUCAGAUGACUCCAGACUCCUACAGGUGACCAUCCCUACGACCCCUCCCUUAUCUGCCGUCUUGGGGGGCUCUCUUACCCUACCCUGCCUGGUGUCUCUGUCCUACCCGCCCCCCAACACAAAUGGCCGCCACGCCGUACUCUCCCUACCCAGGGUCAAGUGGAGCGUGCUGUCCCAGGGACACGAGACUGAGAUCCUGGUGGCCCGAGGGGACAGGGUGAAGGUCAGCGAGGACUACAAGGACCGAGCCUCCCUGCUCCAUUACGUCUCCUCCCCAGCCGACCUCACCCUGAGGCUGGAGGGCCUGCAGUACAACGACUCUGGCUUCUACCGCUGUGAGGUGCAGCAGGGCCUGGAGGAUGCCGACGAUGUGGCUCAGGUCAAGGUCAAAGGGGUGGUGUUCCACUACCGGGAUGCUUCCAGUCGCUAUGCCUUUACCUUUACGCAGGCCCGGGACGCCUGUGAAGAGAUCGGGGCUCACAUCGCCACCCCAGAGCAGCUCUUGGCAGCCUACCACAGUGGCUAUGAGCAGUGUGAUGCGGGCUGGCUCUCAGACCACUCAGUGAGAUAUCCCAUCCAGAUGCCACGAGAGGGAUGUUUUGGAGACAUGGACGGGCAUCCUGGAGUGAGGAACUAUGGGCUGAUGGAACCUGAUGAGCUGUACGAUGUAUACUGUUAUGUGGAGAAUAUAGAGGGGGAAGUGUUCCAUGGCUCUUCCCCCCCGAAGUUCACCCUGUGGGAAGCUAAGGCCUAUUGUCUGGCUCAGGGAGCAGAGCUGGCUACCACAGGUCAGUUGUAUGCAGCCUGGAAUGACGGACUGAACGCCUGCAGCCCGGGGUGGUUGGCUGAUGGGAGUGUACGCUACCCCAUUGUCACUCCCAGGGAGCGUUGUGGUGGAGGGGAGCCUGGGGUCAGGACUGUCUAUCGCCAUUUGAACCAGACAGGCUUUCCAGAGGCACACACUCGCCACGACACUUACUGCUUCCGAGGCAACAGCAACACUCACACCGAAUCUCCCCAUGAUUACCUGGCUACAGAGCCAGAGGACAUCGGCCAGGACAUUGUGACGCUGUCUGAGCCUCUGGAGGAAUUCAGCCUGCGUCAGGUGACAGAGCAGGUGGUGAGCAAAGAAGCUCAGGGCUCCCUGUCUGCCAUCCUUGUUCCAGAGGAGCAGCACGCAUCAGAGCAUAUAGAGGAGCAAGGGGCUGUCCCUGGGGAGCAGUACCCAGAGCAGAGGGCUGUCCCUGGGGAGCAGUACCCAGAGCAGGGGGCUGUCCCUGGAGAGCAGUACCCAGAGCAGAGGGCUGUCCCUGGGGAGCAGUACCCAGAGCAGGGGGCCGUCCCUGGAGAGCAGUACCCAGAGCAGGGGGCUGUCCCUGGAGAGCAGUACCCAGAGCAGAGGGCUGUCCCUAGAGAGCAGUACCCAGAGCAGAGGGCUGUCCCUGGAGAGCAGUACCCAGAGCAGAGGGCUGUCCCUGGAGAGCAGUUCCCAGAGCAGGGGGCUGUCCCUGGAGAGCAGUACCCAGAGCAGGGGGCUGUCCCUGGAGAGCAGUACCCAGAGCAGAGGGCUGUCCCUGGGGAGCAGUACCCAGAGCAGAGGGCUGUCCCUGGAGAGCAGUACCCAGAGCAGGGGGCUGUCCCUGGGGAGCACGGAGAAGAACAGGGGUUUGUUCCUGGAGAACACGGAGCGGAGCAGGGGGCUGUUACUGAGGAGGCAUACACCAAGGAGGAUGGAGAGGAGCAAGGGGCUGUGCCUGGGCAGCACGGAGAGGAACAGGGGGUUGUUCCUGGGGAGCAGUACCCGGACCAGCCUGGAGAGGAACAGGGGGCCGUCGAUGGCCAGGGCCCUACUGUUGUCUAUCACGCCCUACCCUUUCCGAUUGAACCCCAAGACCCAUUCACCCCCACAUCCUUCCCCCAAGACCUGGAGCCCACAGAGGACACCUGGCAGCCGGUGAAAGAGGUCAGCAACCCAGAAACAUAUCAGCCUGCCCCUAAGGGGGCAAACGUAGACUUACACUACCCAGUCACACCCUAUGAUGAGCUGAAUGCAAAAUCAACACUGUAUCCACCUUCUCGCGAGACAAAUUAUGACUCAGGUGAUCUUACAAUUGCUCAUGAAGACAACAUUAGUAGCCCCGAUCCCUACCAGCCCUUGUCAGAGUCAAACGUGGAAUCAGGAGAGCUCUCAAUAGAGGGUGUUCCAGGGACUGCUCUGGAGGCCCCCGUGCCCACCACAGGGUAUGAGGAGGUGGACAGGUCCAGUGAUCCACAGCCCAUGCCUGGCACAACCCCUGAGAGUGGUGAGUCUCAGUAUGGUAUUUCAGAGGAAAGCCAUCUGCAAACAGGGAUCACCCAGGAGACCGAACACUACACUUUUACCUCUGAGACCGCAGGCUACAAUGUAUCAGGAGUUGAAGCCACUACUAGUCAUGACGGCUCUCCUGAGGAGCAACUGGAAAGUGGGCUGCCCACACCUCCUGAGGACUACUCCGGAGAUGAGCAUGUCAUCCAGGAGCAUGUCACAGACACAGACUCGGCCUACCCAAGCACCUCUUACGACCUCUCAGAAGGGUCCAUCAGGCCUGAGGGAGCCAUCGCUGGGGGUGUUGAGGAGACAUCUGUAUCUUCCACUUCACCUCACGAGGAAACGGAGCUCUUCCCUGACCAGCCCACCACUCAGCCUCCAUACUGGGAGAGCACAUCUGAAUACCGGCGUACCAACUCUGUGGACCACAGUGCCAGUGUCCUUCUCCCUGAGGAGCAUACCACAUCACUGGACUCAUUGGUCCUCCAGACAUGGGAGAACAGUGGCUCUGCUACGGCUGAGUCAGGAGACCUGGCUACCCUAAGCCCAGUGGAGAUGGACCCCUAUGAACUGAUCCCUACCUCUGAAUAUGCUUUUGACCCCACUCAGGAGCAGUCUGGUGUCACGUCACCCGACUCCUCUACCCUAGAUGAGCAUGUGGAGCAGGAGGCAGGAGGCACAGUGGACUCAUUACCAGAGGUUUCCAUGGGCUCCACUGACCUGGGUUCAGUUCCAACUGACAAAGUCCUCACAGUUACUUAUGACACUGGCUCUAGUGAAGCCUCUGGGGUCCACGAGGGAAUGCUUGACGUAACCCUCUUGACAUCCCCCAAACCUAUUACCUAUUCCCCCCCGACCCAGCGAUCCGUGGAAGCAGAGGCCAGCUCCCCAGGUGACUUCAUAACCUUCAUCCCAGAAACCAGCGUUCCAUCUGGGUUUGAUCCCCUGGAGGAAGAGCUGGAGAAGAUGGAGCAAGAGGGGUUGGGUGAAAUCCCAGAAGUAGUUGAAACUACUACCCCAGGGACAGCUUCUGGUGAGGAGGGGAGUGGAGAUGAGCAGAAUGGUCAGGUGGUGAGUGGAGAAGAGGAGAGUGGUCAGGAGGCGAGUGGAGACGAGGAGAGUGGUCAGGAGGCGAGUGGAGACGAGGAGAGUGGUCAGGAGGCGAGUGGAGACGAGGAGAGUGGUCAGGAGGCGAGUGGAGACAAGGAGAGUGGUCAGGAGGCGGUUGAAGACAAGGAGAGUGGUCAGGAGGGGAGUGGAGACGAGGAGAGUGGUCAGGAGGCGAGUGGAGACAAGGAGAGUGGUCAGGAGGCGAGUGGAGACAAGGAGAGUGGUCAGGAGGCGAGUGGAGACAAGGAGAGUGGUCAGGAGGCGAGUGGAGACGAGGAGAGUGGUCAGGAGGCGAGUGGAGACAAGGAGAGUGGUCAGGAGGUGGUUGAAGACAAGGAGAGUGGUCAGGAGGCGAGUGGAGACAAGGAGAGUGGUCAGGAGGCGAGUAGAGACGAGGAGAGUGGUCAGGAGGCGAGUGGAGACAAGAACAGUGGUCAGGAGGGGAGUGGAGACGAGGAGAGUGGUCAGGAGGUGAGUGGAGACAAGGAGAGUGGUCAGGAGGCGAGUGGAGACAAGGAGAGUGGUCAGGAGGCGAGUGGAGAUGAGGAGAGUGGUCAGGAGGCGAGUGGAGACAAGGAGAGUAGUCAGGAGGCGAGUAGAGACGAGGAGAGUGGUCAGGAGGCGAGUGGAGACGAGGAGAGUGGUCAGGAGGCGAGUGGAGACGAGGAGAGUGGUCAGGAGGCGAGUGGAGACGAGGAGAGUGGUCAGGAGGCGAGUGGAGACAAGGAGAGUGGUCAGGAGGCGAGUGGAGACAAGGAGAGUGGUCAGGAGGUGAGUGGAGACGAGGAGAGUGGUCAGGAGGUGAGUGGAGACGAGAAGAGUGGUCAGGAGGUGAGUGGAGACGAGGAGAGUGGUCAGGAGGUGAGUGGAGAUGAGGAGAGUGGUCAGGAGGCGAGUGGAGACGAGGAGAGUGCUCAGGAGGCGAGUGGAGACAAGGAGAGUGGUCAGGAGGCGAGUGGAGAUGAGGACAGUGACCAGGAGCUGAGUGGAAAUGAGGACAGUGACCAGGAGCUGAGUGGCCAAGAGGGAGUAGAGUCCGGCUCAGGCGAGGAGCACUCUGCAUCUGCUGAUUCUGCUGAUUCUGGAGAAAGCUCACAGAUCCUUCAACCAGAAGUCCUAUACAUCAAUGAAACUGUCACUCCCAUCAAUGGCACAACUGUCAAUAGCACAGAUGAAAGCGAGCCUGAGUCGAGCACAGAUGCGCCUUCUACUGACAUGGAGAUCACGCUGCUCCCUGAUUUGUACCAGACCCCCGUGCCCUCCCCCACCGUACCCCAGGAGUCCCGGGCCGAUGCAGAUCUGGAGUACAGUGGGGAGACCUCAGUCACGGAGGACCCUGACUCCAUCACUCCACCCACUGAGGAGCCUGAAGAGACCCCCAGCCCGACGCCCACCACAGAGGACUACGAUGACCAGACUACGACGGCAGCACCCCUAUAUCCAGAGGACGUUGAUGAGGAGAAACUGAUUACCAUUCCUACUACUCCAAGAUUUGGGAACAUUUCAGAUGCCUGCCUAGAUAAUCCUUGUUCCAACGGGGGAACAUGUGUGGACAGUGGGUCUUCAACCAAGUGCCUUUGCUUGCCCACCUAUGGGGGAGACAUGUGCCAGACAGACCUGGAGGUGUGUGAGCCGGGUUGGGAAAAGUUCAUGGGCUUCUGUUACCAACAUUUCACCAAGCGUCAGGGCUGGGAGGUGGCAGAGCGGCACUGUCGUUUGUGUGGCGGUCACCUGAUCUCGGUCAUGACCCCUGAGGAACAGGACUACAUUAACGAUAAGUACAGAGAGUACCAGUGGACGGGACUGAAUGACAGGACCAUAGAGGGAGACUUCCGCUGGUCUGACGGGAAUCCUCUGUUGUAUGAGAACUGGUACCGGGGCCAGCCGGACAGUUACUUCCUGUCUGGAGAGGACUGUGUGGUGAUGGUAUGGCAUGACGGGGGGCGCUGGAGCGAUGUGCCCUGUAAUUACCACCUCUCCUACACCUGCAAGAAGGGCACCUCUUUCUGUGGCCAACCCCCCAUUAUUGCCAAUGCCAAGGUGUUUGGUAAGUCGCGUCUGCGCUACGAGACCAACUCCAAGGUGCGUUACUACUGUGAAGAAGGAUUCCUCCAGACACAGAACCCCGUCAUUAAGUGCUUAUCCAACGGCCAAUGGGAGGAGGCUUUGAUCACCUGUCACCCUGCCGUGACCAACUUGGCAGAGGGAGAGCAGGUCACGACGCCACCCUAUCAGAACGAGGGGGUGGAGGUGGUGGACACAGCCACGGAGAAAGCCACUUCAGGGUUCUGGGACAUCAAGUGGAACUAAUAAGCUCAUCAAACUCAAUAUGCCCCUUCCCUCUGCCCCCUUCCCUGGAAUCCUAUGUUCCAGUCAAAGACUGUCCAACCUUGUCCCUCCAACAAGGUGGAGCCUUGUAAAAUAAAUGUUCUCCCUGAGAACGAGUCAUCACAUUCCUGUCACCAGCGCUUUCCAGGAUAAACCCAUUUAGAACAUCAACAGACUUGAUGUUACUCGGACCUAGUGCCGAUCGAUCACACUUACAAUAAGAGUACAUCCCAACAUAAGGCCACGAUUAGAGGGAAUGGAUCGAAUUUGCACAGUACAGUUUGUCAUUGGAAUGAGCUUUAACGAAGAUGUCCCAUCCAUCAUUGGGCUUGUUUGUUGUAUAAGGAUGUGUGAUUGUUGACUAGUGACAUUCUUUGAUAUCCACCUGUGCUACGACACUGUUGCAUUACUGUAUUUGACUGAGUAACAUAUAUUAUGACAUGUUUAUGAGGGUGUACAGUAAGAUUUUGAUAGAGAGUUUCAGAAAAGUGCAACCUAAAUCUCAACCUCAGCUGGUCUGACAUUAACCGAAGCCACUUUCCCACCCUCUGCCACAAAGUCAGAAUUAAGAUGUCCACUUCCGUAUGCUAUUGUAUAAUAAAAUCUCCUUGUCAAUCCAUAUCUUCUCAAUUCCUACAACACAAAGCAUUUUCUCAACAUGUCCUCUUAUCUGGUGCUUUGUUUUAUCAGGUGUCUUACGAACUUUGGACCCAAUAUUAGAAGCCAAUUUCCACUUUUAAAGUACUUGGUUUGAAAAUAGCCAGAAUCCAAAGUUUGUUUUUUUAUACUCUCGUAAAAACGUAAUCACUAAGAUACUAGGAAGAACAUGUGAAAAUGUCCACAAUGGUAUUUCUGUUUUCAUGCACCAAUGAUGUCAUUGUCUUAGUUCCAGUGGAAGUAAUACUGUACGUUGGUAGUGUUUAACAGUAAUCAAAUAAUGCUAAUUGUAAAUCCCAUUUGUGACUGCACAAUUGCAUAUUGAACUUGUUAUGAAAGAAAAAAUGUAAUUGUACAACUAAUUAAAAAGGAGAUGGAUUAAAUAAGAAAAAUAUAGUUUUUGGAGAGUAGAAAAUAAAUAUCUAAUAAAAUGAAUUGAUUACAAUGUAUUUAUCUAUGUGAAUAUGGUUGCAUUUGAAUGAUAUUUUCAUGC